AUGUCAGACGAAAAAGAGAAAUUGAGACAAAAAUACAAACAAGAAGAAUUAAAUGCUUCAUCACUGCUGAAACAAUUACCAGAUGCACCACCAGCAUAUGAUGAUAUUCAAGGCCAACAAAAUCCAUAUAAUAACAAUAACAAUUACCAACCAACACCACCACAACAGCCCCCACAAAGUCAAUUUGGCUACAACAAUCAGCAAUACCCACCACAACAACAAUACCAACAAGAUCCAAUGCAAGACCCAAACGUUUACAAAGUACAACCAAAUUUAGUUAAUAUAAAUUAUUCACCACCAGAACAUUUACAACCUCAAUAUCAAGAAUUUAAACAAAAUCAACAACAAAAAAUGGCAAGAGGUGAAUUUAGUGCUUCUAGUUCAAAACCUGAAAUAAAUAAAGGUCAUACUUCUAAAACUACAAAGAUACAACUGAGUUUUCCUGGUGCUAGUGGUGCUACUUAUCAUAAUGCUGCUAAUAAUCGUUGA